UCAUUUUCCACAAAAUGUUUGGAAAACUAAUUUCUCUGCUGGGACUAGUUGCCCUCUGCUCUGCAGGACAAUUCUCAAUUUCAGUAGAAAAAUCUGGAUCUCUUCGUGAGCAGCUAAUCCGAGAAGGACGCUACGGACAGGAGCUUGCUAGAAUCCAGCAAUUGAGCACUGGAAAUGUGUCGUUCUUUGACCAUUUCGAUGAGUACUAUACCGCCGGUGUUAGAAUUGGAACUCCAGCUCAACACUUUCAAGUAGCCUUUGACACUACAUCCUCAAAUCUAUGGGUUUUUGGAGUCGAGUGCAGAAGUCAAAACUGCCAUGGAGGACGAGGUCGUAGAGAUCGCGAAUACAAUCGCACUGCUUCCUCGACAUUUGUCGCCGGAACUUCAAGCUUCAACCUGCCAUAUGAUGGUGGACACGUUUCUGGAAAUGUAGGAAAAGAUACAGCUCAAUUUGCCGGUUUUACUAUUCAAAGCCAAGACUUUGGAAUCGGAACCGCUGCCACCAGACUUUUCGGGGAAACAUUCGAUGGAGUCCUGGGAUUGGGAUGGCCGGCUACUGCACUUAAUGGAACUAGUACAACAAUGCAAAACUUACUGCCACAACUUGAUCAGAAACUCUUCACGACUUAUUUCACAAAAUCCAACAUGCAUAACGGAACAGCAGGAGGUGACAUUAUGUUUGGAGCAAUUGACACCACACAUUGCCAAUCACAAGUCAAUUACGUCCCACUUGCCUACAACUCGUUCUGGAGUUACUCUGUGGAUGGAUUUUCAAUCGGCACUUAUUCAAGAACUCAAACAGAAACGACCAUCCCCGACACUUCAUCCGGCUGGACUGGUGUUCCAAACGUUGUCCUUGCCGGAAUCGUAAAAGCCACUGGAGCAACAUACGACUGGAAUCAUCAAGCAUACACUCUCCCGUGCUCUUCAACAGCCACACUACCUGACAUGGUUUUCACAAUCGGUGGAAACUCGUACAACGUCAGAGCAGUAGAAUAUGUGGUCAACUUGAACUUGCCAAACGGACAGUGUGCUCUUUCUCUGUUCGGAACAGCCGCCUCACAAUCUGGACCGGCGUGGAUCCUUGGCGACAACUUCCUUAGAAGUUAUUGCCACGUAUUUGAUUUUGGAAAUUCUAGAAUUGGCCUUGCAAAAGCAAUUCAGAACUAUUAACAUUUUUAUGGUGUGUCAGUGUAUAGAAUAAAUAUUUUCACUCUG